CCACAUCUCGUAAUCCCGCCCUGGCGUCACAGCGUGGACCCCUAAAACCCCGUCUUUGUUGACGUCCCCCCGACGUCAUCCCCCCAAAAGCCCUCCCCGAUCAGCCACCAGGAUAAGAUCCGCCCAACACGCGGCCCCGGCCCGUCCAUAGGUUUGAAUAAGAUUCCUGCUGCCUUGACAGCCCCAUCAUCAACUAUAUAGCCCCUCCUCCCGGAAGUUCCCCGUCUUACUUUUCCUGCCUCAACUUGAACCGUGAUUUUCGUUUCUGCAAUUUCCCACAGCAAAAAAUAUCCUCAUCGUACAUCCAUCGAAAAUCAUACUUGGUUUGAGAAAGACAAAGAAAACCCCCCCCCACACCACCACCACCACCAUGAGUGACUGCGGCUGCUCAACCUCGGGAACGUGCACCUGCCCCAAGGGCCAAUGCACAUGCACCAACUGCCCUCACCCCAAGGAAGACAAAUAACCCUAUCACCGACCGACCGAUCAUUUUUACAGGUGGAGGGAGGGGGAGAGACGAAACAACUCGGCAAGCACAUAACACUCUUGUGGUGCUGAUGACGACCAGCAGAAAUAUCCGUACGGUGCCUGUGUGGCGUUUGAGUUUUGGGGUUUGGGACACGUCAUGAUGGGAUGGGUGGUUUGAGAUGAAAAACAGAUCCGUAAUCUGGGAGGAUAGGUGACUAGGGGGGGGGGGAGAGAGGACGGGGAGGAGAGGGGGGUUGAAUGGUGAUGGUGUACAUGUGCGAUGGGUUUUGAGUCUUUGAGAUUUGUGUGGUUGCUAGCAUUUUGCUGUUUUCUGCAAUCGGAAAUGUGGGAAUUUGGAGUUGUAGCAACAUUUGCUGAUUUUGCUUUUUUGACCUGUCUAGGGGAAAUAUGAUAGGAUGG